CGGGAAAUGCUUUGAAUACUUGCGACAUGGCUGCGCGCAUUGAUUGCCAAGAUUGACAGCAGCUCUGCCCGUCGUCUUCUCUUGUCUGAGUGAGAGGGAGAGAAAGAGAGAGAGAGAGAGACAGGGAGAUAAAGAACAGGUAGGCGAACAACAAAAGGCACUUGUAGUUUUGGACAGCUGAACUUCACAGAGCGCACACGGGAUCCCCUCACACAGCCCGCGUGUGAGCAGACUUAAGUUUUCACUCAACAGAUAGCUCAGAGCUCAUUUUCUACAAAGUGUAGCUGAGUCUAGUUGUCUCCACGCACGGGGAAGGACGCACAAUUCUCUUCUCCACGACUCGGAUCAUCAAGGUUAUUUACAUGAAUUCAAAAUCAACUGACCAGUGAUCGCUGGAAGCUGGGGAUUGAGUCUUUCAGUUUUUAACCCCACACGCUGACAUGGAGGGCUUUCUACGUAGCAGCUUUUUACUGAGCAGAGUCAUGUCUUCCAAGCAAGCCACGUCUCCUUUUGCCUCUGUGGUUGAUGGGGAUGACACCAUGAGUCAGGAGCACUUGUCUUGGGAGAAAGAGGAGAGUGCCGAAGCCCAUGGCACGCCACAGCUGCCCCUGCACAGUCUGCUCCACGGAAAAGCCCAUCCCGAUGAAAUGCAGCCGCUCAGCAGCGUACCGGCAGAGAGCGACUGGGACAGCCUGGUGUCAGCCCAACAGCGUAUGGAAUCUGACAGCAAUAAAGUAUGUUCCCUGUACUCCUUCCGGAACAAUUCUACUUCCCCACACAAGCCUGAGGAGGGGGCCCGGGAGCGAAGCGACCUGCUGAGCGGAUCAGCGUUUGGAACUCCAGAGCGCCGCAAAGGAAGCCUGGCAGAUGUAGUGGACACGCUGAAGCAGAAGAAGAUGGAGGAGAUGACAAAGACAGAGCAAGACGAAUCCUCAUGCAUGGAGAAACUUCUUUCUAAAGACUGGAAAGAGAAGAUGGAGAGGCUCAACACCAGUGAGCUUUUGGCAGAAGUAAAAGGUACUCCAGAGAGCCUGGCAGAAAAGGAACACCAGCUCUCCACAAUGAUCACCCAGCUGAUCAGCCUGCGAGAGCAGCUUCUGGCUGCCCACGACGAACAGAAGAAGCUCGCCGCCUCACAGAUGGAGAAACAGAGGCAGCAAAUGGAGUUAGCACGUCAGCAGCAGGAGCAGAUUGCAAGACAACAGCAGCAGCUCCUGCAGCAGCAGCACAAAAUCAACCUCCUCCAGCAGCAGAUCCAGCAGGUCCAGGGUCACAUGCCUCCGCUCAUGAUCCCCAUUUUUCCACACGACCAACGCACUCUGGCAGCAGCCGCCGCCGCCCAGCAAGGCUUUCUCUUCCCUCCGGGAAUGUCUUAUAAGCCAGGUGAUAACUACCCGGUGCAGUUCAUUCCAUCCACAAUGGCAGCUGCAGCAGCGUCAGGACUCAGCCCCCUCCAGCUUCAGCAACUGUAUGCCGCCCAGCUUGCCAGCAUGCAGGUCUCUCCUGGAGCCAAGAUGCCUCCACUCCCCCAGCCCCUCAGUGCAAGUGGGCCCAUUUCUCCCUCCUCUCUGAAGAAUGACAAGAGUUCCUCCAGCCCCAUCACUCAAGUCAAGGAGGAAGGAACACAGCCGCUCAACCUGUCUGCUCGGCCAAAGACGACAGAACUGGUCAAAUCGCCCACAUCCCCAACACAAAACCUGUUCCCCGGCAGUAAAAACAGCCCCAACAGUCUCAUCGGAAAGGGUGGUAUCCCCAGCCCACUCGGAGGAGGCCUUGGAAGGGGCUCAUCUCUGGAUAUUCUGUCCAGCCUAAACUCUACUGCGCUGUUCGGGGACCAGGACACCGUGAUGAAGGCCAUCCAGGAGGCUAGGAAAAUGAGGGAGCAGAUCCAGCGGGAACAGCUGCAACAUCACCAGCAGGGCAUGGAGGCAAAGCUGUCCGCCCUCACUUCAGUGGGCCUCAACAACUGCAGAUCUGACAAGGAGAGGGCGCAUUUUGAGAGCAUCGGGCACCACCUCGGCAAGCUGGGCGAGGAAGGGAAGAUCGGCCACAGAGUUAUUGACCUCACCAGGCCAGAGGACCUAGACGGAGGCGCUGGAUCUACUGAGGCACGAGUCUUCAGGGAAUCUCGAGGGAGGAACAGCAACGAACCCCACAUUAAAAGGCCAAUGAAUGCGUUCAUGGUGUGGGCCAAGGAUGAGCGGCGUAAGAUCCUCCAGGCCUUCCCCGACAUGCACAACUCCAACAUAAGCAAGAUUUUGGGUUCUCGGUGGAAGUCCAUGUCUAACCAGGACAAGCAGCCAUACUAUGAGGAGCAGGCCCGUCUGAGUAAGCUCCACCUAGAGAAGUACCCAAACUACAAGUACAAGCCACGGCCUAAGAGGACCUGCAUUAUUGAUGGAAAAAAACUCCGCAUUGGAGAGUACAAGCAGAUGAUGCGCUCUCGGCGACAAGAGAUGAGGCAGUUCUUCACUGUGGGACAGCCACCACAGAUUCCCAUCACUACCAGCGCCAGUAUGGUCUACCCUGGGGCCAUCACCAUGGCGACCACCACACCCUCACCUCAGAUGACAUCGGACUGCUCGAGUGCCUCAGCAAGUCCUGAGCCAUCCAUUCCUGUCAUUCAGAGCACCUACAACAUGAAGCUAGAGCCCAAUACCAUGGCAAACAACAAUGAGCCGGUCAAUGGCGAGGAUGAGAUGGACAUGUACGAGGAUUUUGAGGACGAGCCCAAAUCAGACUAUAGCAGUGAAAAUGACACACAAGAGCCAGUCAGCGCCAACUGAGACCUCUUUAAUCGAAGAGGCCAAUACAGACACAACACUCAUACAGGAGGACGCCCAGAGGGCUUGUCUGAUCUGAGGGAGGGAAAGAGCAAAAGAAAACAAAAACUACACCACAAAGGUUUAAAAAUGUUUUUUAAAAAAAUAAUAAUAAUAACGUUUAGGAGCCAGCAUGCAGAUGUGGCUUCAUCAGAAACAAAAGCUAUUUGGUCUUAAGUGUUUCUUCAAGUGUGUGAAGCAGUUUGGUUGUGGUAAUUUAGAUUUUUUUGUUUGUUUUUUUUAAUCUCAUUGUUUAUUUUUUCAUUGUGAUCAUGGACAUUUACAUAAUUAGGUUACUGCCUAGAAGAAAAGACAGAACUUGAAAUUGAACAUUUGAUAUAAGAUUUGAAUUCUUACAGUAAAUUACCUUGUUUUCCUCUUCAAUUAGAUGAUUUUGAUAUAUUACAUAACUGUUCAAGAUGGGAAAAAUAUACUCACUCAGGUAUAGUGUGCCAGCCAACAGCUUGUGAAUGUUUUAGAUCAAGAUAAAAUAUGAUAAAAUAUUAUCAGUACAAAAUAUCUCAAAAUUCAUAUGGGGUGAUUCCAAUUUAUUACAGAGGGAAAUUACACGGUAUUAUUAUUAUUAUUAUUGUUAUUAUUAUUAGUAUUAGUAGUAUUAUUAUUCAUGUUUUUGUUGUUGAUUGUUAUUACACAAAAUUUAGUGCAAAAGUGCCAAACAUUUCAAGUUGUUUCUAAAAUCUGUAAAGUCUUUUGGGAGAGGCUUCGUGAGUCUUAGACAAUCUCUUGAUCUCUUAAUGCAGCUUCAUUAUCCAGUCUUUCUUUAAUUUACCCUAACAGAAUAAACAAAUGAAACUCAGGAACUUGGAGGCAGCAGGCUCCGCAGGAGGUUACAGUAUGUGACAUCUUUGGUUGGUAACUUGUGGUGCUAGCUGUUCUCCAGGGAGCCCAAUGCAGUGAUCAUCAAUGAAACCGGCCAGCCCUUUCAUUUCCUCAUCCCAGGCCACACACAGCACUGUGGCAUCUUUCACUCAUUUCCAGCUCUGCAACCCAGUCUGACUCACCAAGUUCUUAAUCAGAGUGAUUGUAAUCAGGCCAGAAUGCUAAAGGGCCAAACGCCCCCAAUCUGUGGGAUUGGGACAGCAGUGAAAGGCAGCUUUGGGGGCAUUACAAUCCCAAAUUGAUGUUGUACAAUGUGCAGCUACACUAUGUUCUGUUAAACGCUUUAGCCCCAUUUGGAUGCCAAGUCUUAGGUCUUAGAACUUCAUUUUUUUUUUUUCAAUCUUAAUUCUUUUCAGACAUUGUAAAUCUUAAACUGACACUAAGAAGUCUUAAAGCAGAGCACAGUCAUCGGGUUGAUGCAAUGAGUUCAUUACUGAAGCAGUCUUAAAAGACGUGACAGUUUAUGAGAAUACUCCUAAACAGAGAGAAACAGCUGAAAUCCUGUGUUUCUUAAGUUACGUCAUCAUAUACAUAUGACAGAGGUGACUUCAAAACACAGAUUUUUGCACGAGUGCACUUACAUAAAUUCUCUUUCUGUCACCUUUGAGCCUUAUUUUGUUAUUUCUAAUAAUCUUAUCAGCUUUUGGAAUGCACUUAUCUCUUGCAUUUAAAGAAGACAACAUGCAAUGACUCAGAAACAACAAGGACAAAGUCUCUAUCCUAAUUUCAGCGAAAAAAGCUGACAAGCCAUGACCUUCUGGAGACUGCAGCUUGAUAAAGCUCCUCUAGCGGUCAAGGCCUUGAUGUUGCGACUCAGAUCCUCUUUACAGGGCAGAAGGUCUAAGUGGCUCCCCUCCCUGCCAUGCCCUGCUCUGACCCCUGCCUGUGGCAACCUCAGCACCCAGGGGGCGCCAUCUGGCUCAGAGAAGGAGAAAACACCAGGGAGAGAUGGGAAACAAUAAAAAUGGGGUGUGUGUCCCUCAUUGUGCUCUCCAUCAAAGUGCGGGAAGUAAGGCCUCAACAGGGCUCCCACCCUGGUCCAAUCACCAGGCACUGGCGAGCAGAUGGAACAAGUACAUCAAGCUGUGGGGGAUUAUUAAAAUGACUGACGACUGGGUAUCAUCUGAAAUACAGCAUUAUUAAUGCAUGAGUCCAGCUAUUCCCCUCCCUUGCCCUUGAACCUGUCCAUUUCAGAGUGAGAGCAGAGCUUUUUGAAGGAUCUGAAUGGCUGGUCACAGAAUUUAACUGGUCAAGAUCCACACUGCUGGUCACUGCAUUUUUCUCCCAGCUCUAAUUGGUACAGAUGGCUCUCUAUAUCUCUUUAACACUGUUAUCUUCUGUACUCUUAUUGUCAAUACCCACUCAGUGCUGGCUUGCAUUGUCUCUACUUUUCUGUCUUGUAGGUUUUUUAACCACCUCAUUAAGAACUCCUUUUUUUUUUUUUUUUUUUUUUUUUUUGUUCCAUCACAUCUUUUCUACAUUGUUCUCAUUUUGAGGUACAAAACAUUUUAAGGAUGCUCUCCUACAAACAAACCCAAGUGGAUUUCCCUCCAAGUAAACCUGUUUGGUAUUUUUAAGCUGUUUGCUCCUGUUUGCUGGUGGUUAGAUUGAUUUGUAUGUGAUUGUAAAUAUUUUCGUGACCAUGCCACAUUGCUUUAGUUGGCUGGUAGUUAAAAAGGACUCUUCAUGGAACUGAAACUUGACUGUGCUUAUAUAGCAAAAAAGAGACAAAAAAAAAGAAGAAAAAAGAAAAAAAAAAGAAAAAAAUGACAACAAGAACUCACGAGGAGACGAUGUUUCAUAAGUGUUAUAAGCACUGGAUAUAAAUUGUAUUUUUAUCAAUUCUGAUUAAUGUGAAGCUGUUUGAGGAAAAACACCAUGAAUGAACAAAAUUCCCCAGUUGGACUCAAGUGGGUUUGCUCUCACAGUUGCCAGAUUUGAGUCUUUUUUUGUGUGUGUGUUCUUAUUUUGUUUAUUUAUGCAAAGACACAUAUGAUGAAUGAACACUUUCUUUAAGCUUCAGGGCUGCCUAGGGGAGACACUCAGCACAAGAAAGUGAGCAGAAAAUUCAACAGCAGGCUCGGUUAGCCGUGAAACACCAGACUUCAGACUUCAGUGCAUUGUAUAUUGUAUUUGAAACUGUAGAGUAUCAACAUAUUGUAUUUAUUAUUAGCCACUGCUGGCUCUAAAAUUGUCAGUAAAACAACAACAUGGACAAUCAUUGAAAAAGAAAAAAAAAAAACAUGUUUGAUGAAUUGGAGCUAAAAAUGGUUUUCAGUGAAUUCACCAUCUCAUUUAGAUUUUAUUGUAAAUAUAACAUAGGAAAUAUAUUUUUGUUCAUUAGUGAAGUAUAAGUUAUGUAUUUGGCUGUUCUAUUUUAUUUUCUUUUUUUUUUAUGUUUUAUUUUUGUACAUGGUUUCAUGUUUUUAAAACCUGACAAGUCACUGUACCUCAUGUAGAUGCUGAAUUUUUCUGCUUAUUGGAAGAGAGCAGUAUUGGACCUGAGAUAGAGAGAAGCACCUCACUUGCUUAUGUUUUGAUAAUCUUCCCUGGACUAUUCAAAGAACCAAUCGAAAAUAAAAAGCUGUACUCGUUAGACUUCUUAACACGGAGGAGUCGUUUCAAGUAAGGUACUCAUUUUAACAACAAGCACUUGACGGAAAAGAAGUAUUCAAUAAUUUUUCUCCCAAUCAUGAUACAAUCUAAGUUGUAUGCUGUAUAUCCUCACUUGUGUUUUGUGCUUAUUACAGCACUCAUAUUAUGUGGCAAAUUUCUUAUGAGGAGCUGAUAUCAUCCUAAAAAAAUCUGCAUGCAUUUGGCUUGCAUUUACAUUAUCAUAACAAGGGUGUUAUUUUUGUGAAUGACUGUUUCAAACACAAGUGAUGUUUUUAGAUUUUUUUUUUAUUUUUUAUUUUUGAAAGGUGGGAGCGUGCAAAUAUUUAUUUGUUUCAAUGUGGCAAAAGGCACCAACAUAGUGCAGUCUUAGUUAAUUCCUAAUUCCUAAUCUCCUUGUCCUUUUAUUUUUUUUGUAUGUUGCUGAUUUUUAAUGUUCAUGACUAUCCAGCCAUCUGCAAAUGUAGCCCUCAAAAUUGUUUUCUCUUAAUCCACUUGUUCGACAUGCAAAUGGUUUGAAUGAACAACUGAAGACAAAAGCUUGUAUGCUGUUUCAACAUUACUUACUGUAAUUUGAUUUUUUUUUCCUGUCUGAACUUUGUGAUGUAUAUGGUGGGAAUGUUCUCUGUGUUAAUUUAAUCAGCACAAUUCACUGACAUGCUGGACUGACAUGCUAGCUGCUGUUCAGAAGUGUAAAAUUUGUUGUUCAGGGCAACAUUUAUAGUUGUCUUUGGUACUUUGCUUUUUAGAGUUGUCUCUCAAGCAACACUGUGUGUGGCUCUUCUAUCACUGGAGCCAUUGUUUUGAAAUUGCUGGCAGCCUGAUACAAUUUUCUGCAUAGAAAUCUUUUUUGUUUUGUUUUGUUUUUUUGUUAGUUUCUUUUUUUUCUUCCUGGCAGGUACCUAGGCCCAUGGCAAGUAUUGUUUGGGUGUUAUUAGAGAAAAUGAAAUACAUAGUGUCUGUUGCUGCUUUAAAAAAAGUUUAUGUCUGAAUAUGUAAAUAGUUUAUCAUAAUAUCUUGUACAGUCCAAUGUAAAGUUUUUAAUUCAACUUAAAAAAAAAUGUUGCCAUCACAUUUGUGUUCACAUUCUUCUUUAUACAGUACAAAAGAUCAAUUAUUUGCUAGGGUUAUUAUUGCUAAAAAGAAAAAAAAAAAGAAAAUGUUACUAAUUUUUUUUUUUUUUUUUAUGUUUGUUUUGUUUUGCUUGGCUUCAAAGUGUACACCAGCAAGUCUUUGGUUUCCAUGUGCAGUAUUGACGUGAGGUAAACAUAAGGUGAACAAUUUUACCGUGGUGUGUGUGGAGAGCAGUCUCCUCAGCUUUGGUAGUAUUAAUACACUAUAUCAAGUAAAAACAAACCAAUGAGUGACACAUUUGGGUGCAUCUAGGCACCACAGAAAUGUGGAUACUGUAUAUGAUUAAAUUAUCCCCACAGGAUAAAUUCAGGCAUAUUAUAAUGUAACACCAUUUUCUGUAUGUCUCAGUCCAUUGUAACAAUGCAACGGUGGGCUGAAUAACUGCCUGUUUAAGCUCAUUUACCUCAAGAAUUUCCUCCUUUUCUGUAAAAGAGACAGAAAUUGUGUUACAGAAAGCUUCUCACAUCACUCCAUCUUUUGUACUGCUGUUGACACUUACAA